AUGUCCAACGGCAGCUCCAUCACCCAGUUCCUCCUCCUGCCAUUCGCAGACACACGGGAGCUGCAGCUCUGGCACUUCUGGCUCUUCCUGGGCAUCUUCCUGGCUGCACUCCUGGGCAACGGCCUCAUCAUCACCAGUACAGCCUGCGACCAGCACCUCCACACCCCCAUGUACUGCUUCCUCCUCAACCUCUCUGUUCUUGAUCUAGGCUCUAUCUCCACCACUGUCCCCAAAUCCAUGGCCAAUUCCCUCUGGGACACCAGGGCCAUCUCCUAUGCAGGAUGUGCUGCACAGGUCUUUCUGUUUGUCUUCUUUGUAGUAACAGAGUUUUCUCUCCUCACCAUCAUGGCCUGUGACCGCUACGUGGCCAUCUGCAAGCCCCUGCACUACGGGACCCUCCUGGGCAGCAGAGCUUGUGUCCACAUGGCAGCAGCUGCCUGGGGCACUGGGUUUCUCAAUGCUCUGCUGCACACAGCCAAUACAUUUUCACUACCCCUCUGCCGAGGCAAUGCUGUGGAGCAGUUCUUCUGUGAAAUCCCCCAGAUCCUCAAGCUCUCCUGCUCACAUUCCUACCUCAGGGAAGUUGGGCUUCUUGUGGUUGGCUUCUCUUUAGGACUUGGCUGUUUUGUUUUCAUUGUGGGGUCCUAUGUGCAGAUCUUCAGGGCCGUGCUGAGGAUCCCCUCUGAGCAGGGACGCCACAAAGCCUUUGCCACGUGCCUCCCUCACAUGGCUGUGGUCUCCCUGUUUAUCAGCACUGGCACAUUUGCCUACCUGAAGCCUCCCUCCAUCUCCUCCCCAUCCGUGCUUCCAGCAGUGAACCCCCUCAUCUACAGCCUGAGGAACCAGCAGCUCAAAGAUGCUGUGAGGAAGCUGGUGACUGAAUGUGUUUCAGCAGCCAUACACUGCCUGCUUUCCUCUGCAAAGAGCGCCCAGUGUAGGCCAUGA